AAAAACGUAAACAAAGAUGUCUCUUCUUCUCAAAUUGAUGUAUUUUUCAGCCAUGUCCAUUUUUCCCAGGUAGCAGGGAUAAAGGGAAUGUUCUUGGCUAACAAGAAGAUUGACAACCAAGUGAAGACCUUCAUCACAUACAACAAAGGCAGAGACUGGCGUUUGCUGCAGGCACCAGACACAGAUCUCAGAGGGGACCCUGUACAUUGCUUGCUGCCCUAUUGCUCACUACACCUUCACCUGAAAGUCUCUGAGAAUCCCUACACAUCAGGAAUCAUUGCCAGCAGAGACACAGCUCCAAGCAUCAUAGUUGCUUCAGGUAAUAUAGGUUCUGAACUGUCAGACAGCGACAUCAGUAUGUUUGUCUCUUCAGAUGCAGGGAACACUUGGAGGCAGGUAAGAAAAGGCCCUGGGUUGUAUUGCAGAAGUUUAAAUAGCAUAAAAAUUGUUCAGUUUGGUUCAAGUCUAGGAGCUUAUUUAGCAGUGGUACAUUCUACACAUGAAUGGUUGAGUUUUGACAAAGGGAGAUCUUGGAGCAAUUACAGUUUCACUUCUAUUCCACUUUUUGUGGAUGGGGUUCUGGGUGAACUGGGAAAAGAAACACUAAUCAUAAUAGUGUUUGGAUACUUCAGCCACCGCUCUGAAUGGCAGCUGGUUAAAGUGGACUACAAGUCCAUUUUCGACAGAUGGUGUGCCGAGGAGGACUACAGGCCUUGGCAGCUACACAGCCAGGGGGAAGCAUGCAUCAUGGGAGCCAAGAGGAUAUACAAGAAGCGAAAAUCCGAGCGGAACUGUAUGCAAGGAAAAUAUGCAGGAGCUAUGGAAUCUGAACCCUGUGUUUGCACAGAAGCUGAUUUUGACUGUGACUAUGGCUAUGAGCGACACAGCAAUGGGCAGUGCCUGCCAGCAUUUUGGUUCAAUCCAUCCUCUCUCUCAAAGGACUGCAGCAUUGGACAGAGCUACCUCAAUAGUACUGGGUAUAGAAAGGUGGUUUCCAAUAACUGCACUGAUGGCGUGCGAGAACAGUACACAGCCAAACCACAGAAGUGUCCGGGGAAGGCCCCUCGUGGCCUCCGGAUCGUCACUGCAGAUGGAAAGCUGACUGCAGAACAGGGGCACAAUGUCACUCUCAUGGUGCAGCUGGAAGAGGGUGAUGUCCAGCGGAAUCAAGUGGACUUUGGUGAUGGCAUUGCAGUGUCUUACGUCAAUCUCAGCUCCAUGGAAGAUGGGAUCAAACACGUCUAUCAGAACGUGGGCAUUUUCUGAGUGACCGUGCAGAUGGACAAUAGUCUGGGGUCUGACAGCGCCGUCCUGUACUUACAUGUAACUUUGUACCUGCACGCACGAUCUUCAACUUGCAUCUUUGUCCCUGUGGCCACAGAGAAUAGACAGAAAGCAGCCUUGUGGUCUCUGCUGACCAACAAAGCUACCAGCUUAGAAGGGGGAAACGACAAUCCCCGCUUUGGCGUUGAAGGUGGAGUGGCGUGUCUUGCUCUUUGCAAUCGGAGAGAUGAGUCACCAGGUUGA